CGCCGGAGCUCACGCUGCUCGACUCGCGGACUGUGCGGGGUAACGUGGAGGGUCUGCUUCCCGGCGUGACCCCCGAACCAUGUAACUCCAGGCCCGGGGACCGAUGCACCCGCUACCCCGAUCCCUGGCUGGAGUGCGACGCUGGCAUGGGGGACCCGGGCAAGCUGGAGGCCCUGGCUGACUCCCUGACCCGCUUUGGCUGGGCGGCCUACACCACCAUCGCCAGCUACAACAAAGGCGCCAACAUCAUCAUCUCACCAGUCAGCCUGGCCGCAGCUCUCACCCACCUCCUGCUAGGCGCCAAGAACGAGACGCAACACGAACUGGAGGAGGCGCUGUUCUACACCCGGGAGAAUGGCUGCGUGCACCAGGCCUUCAAAGACCUCCUGAAGCGGACGCACUCUCUCCUGUCGGCCUCCCAGCUCUUCUACAGACAAGGCACAUGCCUGCAGACAUCCUUUAUGGAACGUUCCAAGUACUUCUAUGGGUAUAAACCCAUGCCACUGAUGAUGAACAUGACCGAGAACGUGAGGAACAUAAACAGCUGGGUGGCACAGAACACAGGUGGCAAGAUUAAGAAGCUGUUGGACUAUGUGCCAGGAGACACCAUCCUGAUGCUGCUCAAUGCUGUCUACUUUAACGGCACCUGGAAAGCCAAGUUUAACAAGGAGGAGACGAAGAGGGAAAGUUUCUGGGUUACCCCCAGCCGGAAGGUGAUGGUCCCAAUGCUACAGCAAAGCACAUAUCCCCUGGCUGCCUUGUACCUGCAGGACCUGAACAUCAAGGUUGCUAAGUUGCAGAUGUUCGGGAAGAACAGUUUAAUUGUCAUAGUGCCACAGGACGCGAGACAGAGUCUGGCAAGGAUCGAGCAAACACUCACUGUUGACAGGUUGACUCGCAUCAUCGUUGAACUUCAGAACACUGACUUCAAGCCAACCAGCAUCAUGUUACCCAAACUGAAUCUGAACUUCAAACAGGAUCUGCUGCUGCCUUUCAACGACAUGGGUUAG